CCUUCUUUGAUGGCGGCAACAGUCACAUCGAACUAGCAAUAAAAGGAACUCUCUGCAUUACUUGAAUUUAUCAUAGAGAACAGAACUAUUUGGUCAUAAGAGUAGAAAGGCAGCCGUCCGCUUCGAAGUUUCAAAGCUCAGAAUUGUAUCCUGAGGGGUGGACGAUCAAUUAUCUUCGUGCCUCUAUAAGAACAGAACUGUGAUCGCAAGGCAAUGGAUACAGGUAUUGAUCACAGAGACGAAGCUCAAAUCCAAACUCAAAGAUCAGGCCUGAAACAGAAAUUUGGUCCUAUACCAGCAGAAGUGACAAAAGCCAGAGAGGAUGAUGUAAACAGUAUUUUGAAACGAAGAAGCCAUAUUCAGAAAUCACUUCAUCUGUUGGAUGAGGCUCUUUCUACCCCACAGCAACAAUUACACACGGCUUCCUCACUGCUGAGAUCAGUGAAAACCCCAACACCACUUCGCCAACUGCCCAUGUCAGCAUCAGGACUCAGACAUAGUGCUUACACACUCAGUGGUACUUCUUCAGUUGCAGAUACAGAUUACACCACUCAGGAAAUGUCUUACAUGAGUGAGGGCCUGCAUCCUGGACUGCUGUCUUCUCUCCCUCAGCAUAUGUCUGGCGGCACCACUCUGGGUUCAUUGUCCUUCAUGGAAGAUAGUGGGUUAAGCCGCCCUCUUACUCCCAGUAAACCCCUUGCCCAAGUUGUUGAGGAUUUUUCACCUGGAAGUGCUGUGGAAUUGUCGCAGUUAACUGAGAAUGUCAGUAUUUUGACUGAGAAGGAUCCUGUGAUUGCAGCCAGUUCAAGCUUGUUUGGAGAAUUCAUGAGUGCCUUUACAUCAUUUCCAGAUACAAAGCAUAUUUUUGACAUGAUAGCUGGAUAUGAAAAGGCUUGCAGGCAGCAGCUGCUGGUUCUGAAUGGAUUGAUCAGACUGUCAUCACCAGGAAAAACUAAAUUUUCUAAACAAGUUGACAUAUUGCAUCUCAUUUCUCAAGAGAGUUACACUUGGAGGCUUGUUGGCUCCUUAUACAGUGACAGACUGCAAUAUGGAAUAUGUGAUGAUGGAGCUAUGUUGACAAAUUUUGUGGGCAGAAACUGGAAUGAAAAAAAGAUUAUAAAUAAUUUGUAUGAAAGAGAGGCCUCAACUAGGCAAAAACAGAUUGUAGUUGACUGGCUAGAAAAGAAUGCAGAGGAUUGGCUGAAGAUUUUUUUAGAAAGUGACAAAGUAGAGUACUUUUCAGAGUCAGUUUGCUGGGAAAACACCCUACACACCCUGCAACAAGGAGGACAAAAUAUGGGAAUGAGAAGACCUCUUGUCACAGAGAUGGAUCCAGAUGCCCCAGUCAGGCAGAACCGACCUUUAGCUGAUUUAGAUCAGGAAGAUGAAGCCAGGUUGUUACAGCAUCUUUUUGCUUUAAUUAGGGCUGGCAAACUGGAAGAGGCUCAAUGCCUGUGUGAGAAGUGUGGUCAAUCUUGGAGGGCCGCAACUCUUCAAGGAUGGAAACUAUGGCAAGAUAAUAACAUGGAUGGAGUCUCAAGUGAUGAAACUUUAUCAGCUGUUGAGGGAAACCCGUACAGAGAUGUAUGGAAAGCAGCAUGCUGGAAGAUGUCUGAGGAAAACAAAUUCAGUGUAUAUGAGAGAGCUAUUUAUGCAGCACUCAGUGGAAAUCUCAGCCAGCUUCUACAAGUUUGCAAGUCAUGGGAAGACUAUCUUUGGGCAUUUUACCGAGUUAUGGUAGAUGUUAGGGUGGAACAGGAAAUUCGCCUUCAUCCCAGGCCUGAAAGAGAUCUGGAAAGCUUGCCUUCCAUUUUCUGGGAUCAUGUCCUGAAUCCAGAGAAAAUAUUUGAUGAACUCUAUGCUUGCCCAAAAGAGUCCAUCAAACAUCAAGCAGAGGAGUUCCAUCAUGUCGUACAGAAGCAUAUCAUACUAAAUGACACAACUGGUUUGAUUGAAAAAAUGCACAGCUGGCUCGAAAAGGAGGAGAAACCUAAAGCCCAAAUACUACGGUUUAUGGCCCAUCUUGUUUUGUUUUUGCGAUCAGCUGGAAUCGAAUCUGAGACUGAUUUGGAUAAAUGUGUGUCCAUCCUGAAAGCUUAUGUUCAGACACUAAUUGAGGAGAAACAAAUUGACCUGGUAGCGACCUACGUUGCUACUCUACCAGCAGACAUUCAAAUAGAAACCUAUGCAUACUUUUUAGAAGAUAUAGUUGACAUGAAAGAAAGACAGAAAUGUUUGGAGUUAGCAAGCAGUGCUGGCUUGGAUGUCCCGUUAAUAACCAAAACGGUAGUUGAGUGCAUUCGAGGAAAGGAAGACUUUGCGAUCGACAGAGGCAUGUCGUCCGCUCUGGAAGCUGCUACUGCUACAGAGGACCGAAAAAAGAUAGAAGCCAUUGAAUGGUUGGUGUUUGAGCCUUCCCAGCGAAAUGAAGCUCUGAAACAGAGUAAUGCGAUUAUGCGAUGCUUUAUUGCAACGAGAAAGCACGCCGCAGCUCGCGAAGUUUUCCAAAAGAUUCCGGUGGACUCCAUCCAUGUGAUUCAUAAAGAAUGGCAAUCGAGAGGUGGAACCAGUCCCUUGCCUGCUGCCGACGACAACGCCAUACGAGAAUAUUUGUGCAUCAAAGCUUUCUUGGAGUCUCUUGAUGCAUUCAAUGAUUGGUUUCAGCAUUUUCAUCACAAUAUACCACCAAGGCCGCAUGAUGGAGCACAUGCUAACUUCACGGAGAAGGUGGCGUAUGAACAACGCCUUGAGCAGUACGAGGUGGAAUUUGGAAGAUGGAAGAACUCGCUAGAUAUUCACACGAAGACCACAAUGGAAAAGAUUUAUAACGUUCUGCUAUUUCCUGAUGGAGGCUGGAUGGUGGACCACAGAAAUGAUGAAGAAGAAGACUCGCAACGCUCUCAUCAACUUGAGUUGUUGAGACAGCUUUGUCUUCCACUAACUUGUUAUCUUCUUCAUAAUGUUCUGUACUCAACAGAACAGUACAAGCAGUGUUUACAGCUCGCUGAUGUUAUAUCCUCCGAACAAUACAGAUUGUAUGAGGUUUUCAGGAAAGACGAAUUACAAAAGAUGCUAUCGCUGUUCCGAGACUCUUCGAUUGCAUUGUUGGGAAACAACCUGGAUCCCCUUAGCUAUGAAAUCGCACAGAAGUGACAGGGUAUCAAAAUAGGAAUAGGAACUUUAUGUUGUGACGAAAAGAUUUUUCUUGCUCGGGAUCAGAGCAGGCAAUCUCGCUCGGGCAACCAAUCCGAACACAGGAUUCUCUUCAUUAUGUGCACGGGUACUGCCAGCUAUGUAAUAUGAUGGCUUAUUAUUUUCUCAUCUCCUUCAUAAGGGGGAUUUGCUUGGAAUAAACCAAAUCGGAAAUUUUUGGUUUUGGUUCCGGUUUACAAGUUUACGUGAGUUUUGUAAGACUAUCAGGUAGAAGUUAGCCCUUAAGUUUGCAUCAGGAACUACGAAUUCUGUCCUCAACACUUUCAGAAUGAAGGACCUUCGAGCUCUUGUAGAGAUGGGCAACGGUGAAUAGCUCUGAAAGUGAAGGUGCAUGGUGCGAAUCUUUCGAAAGAAUAUUGUUCGAAGCAAAAAGUGAUAUCAGUAUGCACAGUCACAACUGGAUCUGAGUAAAAUGUUUAUUCUAUUAGCUAGCACAUGAUAUCCAAUUUCUGAUGAGCCCAUUUUUCUCUUUACUCACGUAGCCUACAUUUCUUUGAUCAAAGAUGUUUCCAACCUGAAAAAUUAAGCUACCGAGUUAUAAGCUCGAUGUUCAGGCGCGUGGUAUCUGAGAAGGGUAAGAUGUGAAUCUACUUCGACUCAUAGAAAUCGAGAGUGAAUAAUCUAGUUGUUGUCGAAAAAAACACUCUUCGUUCAAGACUAACCAACUAGACAAAGUCAUGUAUAUUUUGUCUACAAAGGCACACUGUAAGUUGUGCCUUAGUGAACAUUGCGUAUCAUGGCAUAUGAGUUAUCAAGAACUUAUGAUGGCGAGCGGACAAGUCUUCCUUCGCUCUGUGUUGAUUGUCAUUCUUCUAAUAUAUAUUUUCUGUAUCUUCGAUCUGCAGUGUAACUAUCUCGUCCCCAUCAGGUUUAAUUUAGUCAAUAAAUGCGGCUAAUUCCAGCUUGA